CAACAAAGAAGGUCUUUGUGUGGCAACGAUUUCAUCUCUAUGUACCAAAAUGACGUUCUUAUACAGUGCAAUGACGUACUCACCCAAGCCCUAGCCUGAGAGAUUUUGUUUCUAUAAUCGUUUGAUUUCGACAUGUUUGACAUAACCUAAAAUGACAUCUCAUACUUUUUCUAUCAAAAUGUAACGUAAAAAAGAAUAAUGAAAUUAACAAAUUGAAAUAUGUAAAAAUCACUGCAAACGAAAUGUGGGUCUUUGGCUACGGAUCUCUGAUAUGGAAAGUUGAUUUCAAAUAUGAACGUAAAGUUGUUGGUCACAUCAAUGGUUAUCUUAGGAGAUUUUACCAGCAUAGUAUAGAUCACAGGGGAGUUCCUGGAAAACCUGGGCGAGUUGUAACACUAAUACCAAGCAAGGAUGCCAACAGUGUGGUGUGGGGAGUAGCUUAUAAAAUUAAGACCGAAGAUGAAGAAGAAGUUACAAAACAUUUAGAUUUUAGAGAAAAAAAUGGAUACUCUAAAAAAACAGUUACUUUCCAUCCCAAGGACAAAAACCAGGAAGCUUUUCCUUUAACACUUUACGUAGCAACGGAAGAUAAUGAAUCUUACGCUGGGCCCGCAUCUGUAGAAGACAUAGCAAAACAAGUUAUAAGCAGCCAAGGCCCUAGUGGGACCAACAAAGAAUAUGUGUAUAACUUGGCAGAAGCCAUGAGAUCCAUCACACCAGAUGUCUAUGAUGAACACCUCUUCUCACUCGAGGCUGCAGUGCAAAAGCUGGACCCAGCCUUCAAAAACAAAAUGUGAUACUCAUAUUCCUAUUAUACAUAAUACCACCUGGUAAUUUGUUAUUUCAUAUGAAAAAUGUUGUUAUAAUUUUACAUACUGUGACAGUAAUAUACUAUUGAAAUGCAAAGUGAUAUGAUAAUAGGUAUUUUAAUAUAAUAUUUUAUCAUAAUUAUUACCACCA